AUGGAGGAAGGGGACUCCAGCGGACCCCCUGAGCCCUGCCCUGGCGCGCCGUCGCAGUUUUCCGGCUGCGGCGCCGCGUCCUUUUCGGUUGUGGCUUCGUCUGGCGAUUUCGGUUCCCGCAGGCUCUUUGAAGAGGAGACGCACGCCGGGCGCCCAUGGAGCCGCGGCGAAGAGGAGACUCUCUUUUCCUUCUUCGAGUUGUGCAGCCAGCUGCCGGCGCUGUUGCUCGCGCUCCACGCGUCCGAGGAUGAGGCCGUCGGGACGCAGGCAGCGGAGACGAUCGGCGCAGCGACAGACGCUCCGUCCCCGGGGGACGGCGACGCGUGCGGCUCCUCUAGCAAAGCCCGCCGGCCUCGCCGCCGCCUACGCAGAUCGUCUUCAUCCUCGCUGGACACUGGAAGUGCCCCUGCGUCCUCCGCGCCCUCUCCUUCUCACGCUUCGGCACCUACGUCGUCUAGUCUCUUUCUCACACCCUCUCGCUCGGGGGGCGGGCCGCCUCGCAGUUGUUUUCCCGCGUCGCCCCGCCUCUCUGUCCCCGCCGCCUGGUCGUUUUCCGGGAGCACUUUGUGCGCCUGCCCCGCGUCUGCACCGGCGCCGGCAGGCUCUUUGGCGUCGCCAGGGCUCGCUGUUUUGUUUCCUGUCUCGACGCACCGGCUGCCGGCCGCGCUGUUGCAGUGGGCUGAGUCUGCUGCGGCGCUUGCUUGGCCGUCUCUGGACGCUCCAAAGCUCCACGAGGCCCUCCUCGAGCUUUUGUUGGAGGCCUUGGGAACAGCGUUUCAGCUUUAUGCGCAGACGCACCUCUGGGCGUUCGCGGACCCGCAGGCACUCGUGCGACGCGCGUGGCAAAAUCGUUUCGGCGGCGACGCAUCGGCUCUGCUUGCCGCUGAAGCGCCACACGCGACACCUUCGCGGCGCCAGAGUGGUGUGGCAGUCCGAGCUUCUUCAUCUUUCUCAUCCUCGUCCUUUUUCGCGUCGAUCGCCGCUUCGCCGGCGUCGCCGGGCGCCUCCGCGAGCGUCUCCAGCUCGCCUCAGCCGCGACUCUCCAGCGGCUUUCACCUCUCCGUGCCGAGGCAGAAGGAUGCGGCGGGGCUCUCCGCGACCUUUGACGGCCCCCCGGCAGGCGGAGGGAGCCGAGCGAAAGGCCGGCGGGCGCAGCUGCUUAGCCUGUCUCUGGAGCCAGAAGCACCAUCCCCCGGGGGAGGCGAGUCGCCACGCGCAGAGAGACGAGUUCGAAAGAAAACGAAGAAGGAAGGAGCGCCUCAGCUCCCGGGGGCGGUGGCGCUUGUGUCGCAGGCCUCGCUCUUCUCUCUGCUUCUCGAGAGAUUCGCGAGCUACGCGCGGCUUCUCGACUUUGCCCUCGAACUAGCCAGUCUCCUCUGCUGCCGGUGGUCAGCCCCGCGUUCUUCUUCAGCCCCGAGAGGCGGGCCCCAGGGCGCGGCGAGCGCCACUCCCGCUCCGCCAGAGGAGCGCGCACUGCGUGUGAGAGGCUUGGCCUCCUCACAAGCACGCGCGACUCGAGAUGCGCGGCGGCAGCGAGGCGACGAUGAGCCGCAGCUCGACGCUGACUGUGUUGAGCUGCUGGCGACGCCGGGGCCACCGCGGAGGAGCCGAGGGACGCCGGAGAAGUGCGCAGAGAGCCGCGCUGAAAAGACACCGGACACUGGCCUUGGGAGCAGAGACGAGGAAGAUGAAGGUUGUUUUGAUGGGACGAAUGCCACACCGGAAGAGGAGGAAGACUCUGAGGGCCAGACCCGUUAUGAGGUGUACGUCCAACGCAUAAAAGAGGCCGCUUGCGCCGCGGCAGAGGCGCAUCGCCCGCCACUUGCCGCUGCGCUGCUGGAAGGCCUGCAGGCCCUUUAUUUCUCCAUGUUUUCUCGACUUCGGCUCGGGGGGAUGCUCUGGCCGCCCGCAGAAGGCGACCAGAAGACGCCGCGAGCUGAACUGCACUGCCCUUGCCCCUUUCGUGAUGCAGCGGGGCGCGGUUGCCCACAAACAAGUUCGGCGUGCAGUGUGUCUUCAGCUCGGCAAUCGCUCGACUCCGUGGCUCUUGCCAGCGGUUCAGUGGCGCAGGGCUCACCGUCGCUUCGCUGCAAAGACUGCGCGUCUCUUUCGAGCGAAGUCCACCGCUUCUGCAGCGCAUUCGUCUCCCGCCAGGAGCAGGAGGCGCUCGCGUUUUGGGGCUCCAGUGUGACGGGGGCGCGACCCCGGUCGGAGGCGCGGGCCUCCGGCGCGGAGAUACCCGUUCCCUUCCCAGGGUGCGCGACGCUGCAGCUCCUCACGCACUACGACCCACUCGAGGGCGCAGUCCACUUCACGGCAGAUGCUCAAGGGGAAAGCGAAGACACCGCGCAGGCCGAGAGGGCCAGAGAAGAAAGCGACAGACGCGAAGUCGAGCACAUGGUCUCGAGAGCUGUGCCCUUGCUCUUUGCAGCCGUGACGGGCUCAGAGGCUUCAGGCGUCUCUUCAGCUGCCCCGUACGUCUCUGCGGGCGCUGGAAGGUGCGGCGCAGCGGGCGAGGAUGCGGCAUUCGGUGCCGCUCGUCGCUCUGUAUCCUCAGUCGAGAACGCGCCGACAGUGGGCGCGACAGCGGGGUCGCUGGACGACUUACUGCUUCCUCUGCUUUCGCUGACUGGCGACGCGAUUGAGCCGUUUCGCCUUCUCUUCCCGUUCAUCGCAUCGCUGACGCGGGCGCCACAGCCUGCCGCGUGGCGUUCUGCUGGUCUCGCCACGGUGGCGACGGAGGGGCCCUCACAGGCCGGCGAAGGCAAGGAUCCCGCCGCUGAUGGUAGGAGCCGCGAGUCCUUGCACAUUCGCUUCCUCCGCGCGUUGGGAGACGUCCGGCUGCAGAGACUGGAUGCAGAAUCAGAGGCGCAGUCGCCGGUGCUGCUCAUGCCGCGUGCGGCGGUCCUUAGCGGGCUCGCAGCCGCCAGAAGAAGCAGGGAAUGUCGAAAGGACGAAGAGGCGCGAGUAGCGCAAGCAGCCAUGAAGCAAGCGGAAGGGAGGACGCCGACGGCGAGACGCGAGGAGGCGUCUGCGAGGCUGGGUGGACUGAGGGCGAGCUGCAGCCACGCCGAGCCCGGUGAGGCGCGGCUUCGAGGGGGGGGGCUUCAGGAGGAUGCCGACGGGACCAUGACCUGCACGUGCUACGGGAUGAAAGACGAACCGCAUGAAUCCGAAGAAGAUGCCGACUGGCGCAUCGACGGAAGGGACUUUGACGCGUUUCUGGAGGCAGCCGUCGACGCGGUGCAAGUCCCGGGAUGGAAGUGCACAGCCGUGAAUGGGAAGCGGGCGAGGGCGCGCGCGGAGCGCGAUCCCAGGAAAUCUCAGGAGUGCGCGUGUUGCGCCCGCCUGCUUGAGCCUGCGUGCGGGCUGGAGGCGGCGCCUGCGGCUGGCGGGAGGAAGAAAAGCGGUGACUUGCUUCGCUCGCCCCGCGAUGGACGUGGAGGUCUGCGGACUAAGGACCAACCCGAGAAGCGGCGGCAAAAACCUCCGGCUCUCUUCUGCACGCCCUACGAGGAUCCACUGUACGCCCGGGGUCUGCCGUCGUCGAGGGCGUCGUCGGGGCCGGCAUCGCCGUCCGCGUCCCUCUUGAGAUGCCCGCAGUGCGGAUCUGCGGAUGCGCCUCAGUUCCUGCCGCCUUGUGCUGCAUCCUCGCGGAGGCGAUCGCCUUCUGAAACCAUUUCCAUGCUGUGUCUGUAUCUGGACGUGCGUCCAAGUCUGCUGCUGUCUACCGCGCGGCUCACCCUGUCCCCGAAGUCUCUGUCUCUCCCGGCGGCCGCGGCUCCAGCCCAGCGGGGCCCAAGGCGCGACCCUCAGAGUCCCGCUAUCGCGGCUGCGCUGCGCUGCCUCGCGUCGUCGCCCUUUCUUGCUCAUCUUUUUGCAUUUUCGGCCGACGGUCCUCCCGCGCCGCCCGGGUUCUGUGACUUGAAUGCGGCGGCGAAUCUCUUUUUUCUCUUCGGGCAGCAGCGUGUCUGGCGCGCGAGUCUCGCCGCGCUCCUCCUGCGCCGCCUGCGGAACGACUGCCUGGGCUGGGGAGACGGAAGGCGGUCUGCGUUUUCUUUCGAGGAGACCGGGGGGGGGGCGGGGGGGCGGUCUCCGCGUCGUCACGGCUCGGAGGUCGGACAGCCGUCGCCGCAGCCAAGGAGCCGCGAGAGCGUUUUCCAGCCGCUCCUCCGCGUGCUCACAGGCCACUGCCAUCCUUUUCUGCACCUCUGCUGGGGCGGGCCGCUCGCGGCGGCCUCUGCGGACGGCGCCCCAGGCUCCUCAGGUCGUCUGCAUCCCCCCCAACGCGCGCGGCGCGGAGGCCGGGCUGCGCGAAACAGCGAGCAGCGCGACAAUUUGCGAGACUUGGAUGUCUGCCUGUGCAGCAUCGGCGUGACGCUGCUGCUUCUUCUGCGCGAGGCGCGAAUCAGAGAGCUGGAGGCCUGCGUGCAUCUGUUUCCCUCUUCGCUGCCCAUGCUCGCCGAUCUCCGCGCAGCCGACCUCCUGCUGCGGUGCGACAGCAACGUGGGGGCGGGACCCGCCCGCGCGCUCGCUGGCUGGCGCCAGCAGCGAGGCACAGAAACGGCUCCCCUCGCGCAGAGGAGGGCUGAAAGAAAAGCAGCAAGCGCGCCGAGUCUGGGGCGAGGGGCGAGGCCAGGUGCCGUGGAGGCCCUCACAGAAGGCCUCGCAGAAGGCAUGCAGGCGGGGAGAGUGGACGCCACGUGGCGCGGGGGCGACAGCGAAGCAGACCAAGUGCUCUGCACGCCGCUGACGGCCGAGGCGAUCGGACGUGCGUUCCGGGAGAUGAUGAAGGAGAGACUUCUUCCGCACUUUUUCGGGUUGGUCUACGCGCGGCAGGCGCGUCAGCUGGAGCGAACGCGGUGGCGGGCGUCGCUGGGUGCUCGCCUCAGCUCGGUGCUCGGGAGGGCGGCUCGCGUAGAGGAGCGGCGGAAGGUUGAAAGGCUCUUCCGCUUUGACCUCGGCGGCCAGGAGGCGCUGCGGCGCGGCGCCGACGCCUACCUGCUUCUCUCGCUCGGCGCGCUGCUGGCGCAGCUCCUCCUCACUCUGCACUUUCUCCGCGUCCCUCCGCGGGAUGCGCGGCGCGUGCUGCUGCCGCUGCGCCGCUUCCUUCUCACGGCCUUUGCGCUGGACGACUUGGAUUCGCUCGUCUUCGCUCUGCUGCCUGCCCUGCGGGACCUGGGGCUCUGCCUCGCUGGCGAGCCGCCACUGCCCGGGGGAGAACAAGUCUCCACAGAGGCGCCGGAGGGCCCUUCGUUCCCUGCGCCCGAGUCCCCGGCGCCGGCGCCCGCGUCGCUCGCUCGAAGUCCCUACUUUACGCGUUCGUCGUUGAGGCGAACGCGCGCGGCGAGCGGUGGUGCUGCGGAGAGACCCGGCGAAGAGACCUUCUGGGGCACUGGUGAGUACCUUGCGGCUGCGAGACACGGCGAGCAGGGGGCGGAGGAGCGAAGCCGCGCAGAGACGCCGCCCCCCUCGCGCUCCUCACCGGAAGUGCUGGCCAGGGCCCUCUGGAGGGACGCGCCGGGGCCUUCGUGCCUUUGCGACCUCGUGGCGAUAUCCUGCGACUCGCGCGGCGCCCACGCGGAGCCCGGAGCGGAGACAACGCCGCGAGGCGAGAGGCGGGGACGAGCCCGCGAGCAGGGCCUCGAGGACGUGGCGAUGCAGAGCGAAGGCGAGCAGAGCCCAGAACGUCGAGAACGCUGUGACGAGUCGGAGGAAGCCCAGGCGGGGCCUCGGAGGACCGCGAGCACGCGGCGGGAACGAACGCAGGGGAAGCUGUGGCCUUUCGUCUGUCGAGGGAAGCAGACGCGAGACUCGGGCGGCUCGGCGCCGGCUAGUAGAGGGUCUGCCAGACGAAGGGGGCAGCGCGAGGAGGCGAGCGCAACGGCUGCCAGGCCUGCGGCGUCGGGCGCGGGGCGCGAAGAGGAGGGCAAGGUGGGCGCGGGGCUCGUCGGGCAGAUCACAGGCCUCGGCGGAAGCCAAUGUGCCUCCGGGCCCUUGGGAGUCUCGUCGCGAGUCUCGAUUGUCUCGGCAUCGGCGCUGCGGGCGGAGGCGAUGUGCAGCUCGCGCGCGCAGAUCAGUCAGGACGCAGCUAGCUGCUGGAGCUACAUGAUCUCCAUGAGCUGGCUAGCUCGCACAGGCGAGGACGACGGCAGCACGGAAGUCGGCGGCCCGCCUGCUUCGUCAGAUUCGAGCGACGCCGAGGACGGCGCGGCCUGGAUGGGCUUCGCGGAGAAGGAGAACGCCGACGCGCUGGAGGGAGUCGGCAGGACAAGAAUCCGUGCGGGACUGCUCGCUGGCGAAUGGCCCGAUAAAGACGGCGAGGACACCCGCGCGUCGUGGGCGAAGGGGGGCGCACAGAGAUGGCCGUGGGGUGGCAAUCCGCGAGGACGAGAGCGAACGCUGCUGGACUUUUACAUCGAACUGAUCGGGGGCCCGCUUCGGUUCGCGGCGGUGUACAGACACCGCCUGGGGAAGCGACUCGCCGACGUAAACUUCUUCGCGCUCGUCAAGCAAGCAGAGCGCUUCGAUGGGGCAGAUUCCUCUGGCGAGUUGAACGUCUCGCAAAGGCGCCCAAGGACUUCAAACGCCUCGUCAUGCAAAAGCCAGAGGACAGGCAGGUCCUCCCGCGCCAACUCUGAAGUGGCCGACGACGGCACGGACACGCAGGCCACUGCCGACCGGGGAUCCUUUUUCGUGCCCGCACCUCGUUCUGCGUGCGCGCCGGAUAUGCAGCCCUUUCGCCGACGCUCCAGGGAGGCUGUAGGCGAGGCGAACACGCCCGAUGAGCAGACAGGAGGCACUGCAGCGAGGGGGGCAGCCGCGGAGUUUUGCGCCGAGUUUGCCUCGACGCCGCGUCUGCUGCAGCGGCUUGCAAGGCUCACUGACUACGUGGAGUCGUGCGUGGGCACGCACGCUGGAGAGAAUUCCUCGCUGUCGUUCUUUGCCUUCAUCCGCUCGCCCGCGGCGGCGCCCCCCCCCACGUGGGGCGGCAGAGACGGCGUAGAGGGCUCGAGGGACGGCGAGCGGACGGACGAGGAGGAGGCCCGCGGCAGCCAAAGCGGCGGCGCGUACUUCGCCAACUGCCGCAUCAUGCUCAACGACGCCCGCACAAACGUGGAGGCGUGCGCGCUACUAGAGGCGCGGCUGGCGCAGCUUGUCGCAUUUUUUUGGGCGACCAGGAGCCAAGUGGAAGCGCGGUGGGCCCAACUUCGAGUUCUCAGCGAAGGCUCUCAACGUCGCGCCUCCGGGUGCUCUGCAGCGGACGGAAUGGAGGCCGCGAUCGACCUUGCAGCUGACGUCCUGGCGCACGCAGGAAACGUUAGCGGGUCUCGCCAGGCGGCCAGCGCCGCGGCGCCUGCGCAUCGCCUCGACUCGGGAGAGGACGCAGAGGACGUGCGCAGCGGCGUCAUCCAGGGGGUCGCCAGAGGGACGCCAAGCCGCCUGACGCGCUCGGCCUUGCCCCUGCUGGGGCGGGGCGACGACGACCUCGAGCAGACGCCAACGCGGACGCGAAGUCGACGCGCCAGCAGCCGCCCCAAGAAGCGCGCGGAGCCCCGAUGGAUGCGUGACAGCUGCGAUGGAGACGAAUGCCCGGCGAGCAGCCUCGCUGCACGAGAGCCAGGCAGGCGAAGGAGGACGACGAGCUUGAGCAACAGCUUCUGCUGGCCAGGGAGCCAGAGUGCGCGGCCUUCAGGCGGAGCCGCUGACAACCCAUUCGCCGUCUCGGCGAUGGCCGCAGCCGAGGGCGGCGGCGCAGAGGGGGCAAGCGACGCGGAGAUGGACGAGCCUCGCGCAGAGUUUGAGGACUUUGCAUGCACGCCGUCGCAAAUGUCUGUGCGUCUGCCGUCGCAGCCCCAGCGCGGGCGGACCCGACGGGCCAGUCGCCCGUCCGUUCCCUUUGAGGACACCGAAUCCGACGAGCCCGGAGAGGAAGUGCCCUCGCCGCUGACCUGUGGCGCAUCGACGUCGUUCUUGGGCCCUUCUCUCGCCCUAGCGGACGCUCCCUCCCCGCUGCCGUCGCCGCCUUCGGCCUCCUCGGCGUCGCCCACCCCCUCGCGGCCGCGGCGGAGCCUUCGCGUCUCGGCGCCGCUCGGAGACGUUCAGAGGGCCUUGCCCCUUGCGGGCCCGCCGCGCGUCGGGGACGAGGCGCUCGCCGCGUCGGGUGCAUCGGGGGCCCCUGACCCAGCCCCCUGCGGGUUCCGAGCGGGCCCGGGGACGGUGCGUGGGCGCCAGGGGCGCGCCAGCAGACCCAGCAACACCGGGGCGGGCCUUGCGCAGAUGCAGAGGCAAAAGACAUGCCGCCGCCUCCUCUCCCGCGCGUCUUUUUCGUUUCCCGCCUCUUCGUCCCGCCUCUGCGCGCCGCGCGCCCGCCGACCCUCGGUGGCUGCAGACGCGGCGAUGACAGACGCGCCGAUGACAGACGCGCCGAUGACAGACGCUUCUGAGCACGCGGCUCUGCCUACCGCCGCACCGGUCCUCUCCUGCCUGGCGUUGCCGACGUCGGCCUUCAGCCUCUGCGUGCCCUCGAUGACGGUCUGCCUGGCGGCCCUCAUCUUCUGGCCGUCUCCAGUGACGCCAUUCGCCUCGUCGCUUUCUGCGUCCUUCGCGGUGCCGUCCUCUGCGGCGGCGUCGUCUGCCUCGAAAGGAGGCACGUGGGCGAUUGAGGUGGCGCAGCCGGCGUCGCUGCAGAAAGGCGAGAUGCAGAAGCUUCCGCUGCUGCUUCGCGCGGCGGAGCGCGAGUGCGCCGCCGCCUACGAAGACAACUGCCGCGGUCGCUGGGUACCUGAAUUCUUCCACAGAGACUCGCUAGUGGAGGUUGAGCUCUCGCUUGCGCCCCGCUGCUCCGGGGGGGCGUGCGCGCCCGCUUGUCCCCCGUGCCGCGGACCGCCGCGCGCGAGGACCGCGUGGGUGUCGAUACACCAGGCCGCGAUUCUGCUGCUGCUGGAUGGCCAGGUGAUGGAGACAGACGUCUCCUCGGAGGUCGGUGCCGAGCAUCCCAGCCGCGUUGCUCCGACCGACGGCCACGGCCCUCCCGCGCCUCACCAGGACUCAGCUGCCGCGCCAGAGCCCCGGACAGCGGGACCGGAUGGUCUCGGCUCAGACGCAGACGCGCCGUCACCUGUCCGCCUCUCCGCCCCCGAGAUCGCCAAGAAGCUGCAGAUCGACGUGCGUCACUUGCGAAGACACCUGAAGAUUCUCAUCGUCGGCGGUUGGCUGGCUCGGGCGAAAAGGGGCUCGCUGGUGCACGAAGGCGAGGCCCGAUUGAAGCCCGAGGAGGCCGCCAAGGACGGCCGAUGGGCGAGCGAGCAAGCCCCCGCGCGGGGCGGGAGCCUCAUCGGUCCCUCGCAAAGCUCCGUGCAUGCGCAGGGCCUGCCGCCGCCCGGCAACGGAGGCUGCGGAGGCCCGGUGUGGCCCGAGGAUCCACGGCGACUGGGCGAACUCGCCAACCCCGUCGACGCGCGCGCAAGGAGGUGCAGACGCGAGAGAGACGAAAAAGACGAAUGGCUCUACUUCCUCGCUCCCGAGCAGCCCCAGCCUGCUCCUUCAUGGGGUGCGCGCCACGGAGACCCCAAGCGAGAGGCCGAUGCGCUGCAGCAGCGGCCCGCGGGGCUGCUGCGAGAGACGCAGCGAGAGCGCGAGCCCGACGCUGAAACGCCGGAGGGCAGGGAGGCGCCGGCAGCCGGUCGCGACGCCGUCUCGUUGGCGGCGGCAGUCGAACCGGCCGGUCUUCCGCAUCCUCUGUGGGCCGUAGGGAAGGGCGGAGAGCCAGAAGACGGAGAGGAGGCGGCCGCGCGGUCCGCCUGCGAAUUGGACCGUCAUGGCUCAGACCUCUGGAGCGUCGCGUCUCACGCCGCGAGCGGCCGCGGAGCAGAGACGACCACAGGGAGAAGGCGUGGCGCGCGCGGGAUGGGCUCUGUUAGGGGGGCGGGCCUUGCUGUGAAGGAAGAGGACGGAGGCGCAGAGGGCGGCGGGUUCGCUGCGUUUCACGCGGGCGCAUCUGGCCUUCCCGCCUUCAGAGCCGCCAGAGAGGGCGCGGGUCUCCUGAGGGGCGGGCUACUCCUGCACGGGGCCGCGGACGACGCCCGAAGGCCUUCGCGGGAGUCAUCAGCGUCCUCCUCUUCGCCUCCCGACCAGCAGCCCCCGAGGCGGCAGCGGGAGCGCCGGAGACAGGACGGCGGGGGACGCAGCCCGCCCCCCCCCCCGGCGAGGUCUAGGGUCGCUCGACGGCGCGGCUCUGGCGGGGCCAGUGGAACCGACGACGAGGUGCAGCGCAUGGCAGCCCCUGAGUGCAGCUUCGCGUCUGGGGGAACCUGCCUGGAGGCCACGCCGUUUGCCUGCGGAGAGGACUUAGAUCUGUCACAUCCGCAGCUGCCGCUCCUGGCCGCGCGACCGGCGGCGCGGCGAGAGCUCGAGCGGGACGCAGAUGUACUCGAGGCUGGCGACGCAGACGCCGUUUGGUCUGGGCAAAGCGAGGUCUCACGCCUUCUCACGGCCUUCUCAGAAGGGCCGGCGGCCGCUGGCGCGGUGGGGGAGUACGAGGCCCGCUUGGGCGAUCUCAUGUCUGUGGAUCUGUUUGAUCCGCAGAUUUCGACUGUCGCAGAUUUGUCUGAGGGCGAAGACGACGACGAGCGACUCAGGCCGAACGACGACGAGUCCCCAGAAAGACUCCACGGUGUCUCACAAAACGCAUUCGCUCUCGGCGACCGCGCGAGGAGUCAGGGGGUCGCUGAGGCGCGAACGGGGGGACUGGGGGCCGCCCUGGGCGCUGCACACACACUCCUUCGUGACGAGGCCGCCGAGCGCUUCAUUCUCGAGCUGAUGCGAGAUCGCGCGUCGAAUGUCUCCAACGUCCUCCACAGGGCGACGCCGUCGUUUGUCCUGCUUGCCCGGCUUCAGCAGCGAGAAAAGAAGCUCAGUGCGAGGAGCGGAGACGACAGACGCGGCGACGGCAAGCCAGAGCCGGAGAGGGCAGCGAAGACCUGGCGACACGAAGAGAUCCUAGAAAUUCUGCAGACGCUGGAGCGAGAGGGACGCGUGAGGAAGGUCUGCGGAAACUGGGAGCUCGUCGACUAA